GUGACAGGAUCAGGCUGAACCCAAACCGAGCAGCAGCAGCAGCAGCUACAGUGAACUUAUGAUCAGGCUGUGAUGCACACGGGUGACGCCGCGCUCCUGUAGUCGCAUAACCAAAGACUGGCGUGGGAUCGGUGCCUGCUGCGCCUCAUCUGGAAUAACGUCGGGAAAAUCCAGAAAUUUCAUUAGCGGGUGAUUUUUUUUUUCUCUGAAAGAGGGCGAGCCUUGUUGAGAAUAAUCCCUUUUGGGCAAACGUUUUCAUCGGCAGGGGGUUUUCUGUACUUUGCAGAAGCCAGAGCAGAUUUAUUCCGAUAGAGAAUCGCCAAAUAAUAAGGAAACAUGGGAAAGCAGAACAGCAAGCUGACUCCUGAGGUGAUGGAGGAUCUGGUGAAGAACACAGAGUUUAAUGAACAUGAGCUGAAGCAGUGGUACAAAGGCUUCCUGAAGGACUGCCCCAGUGGCAGGCUGAAUCUGGAGGAGUUCCAGCAGCUUUAUGUGAAGUUCUUCCCUUAUGGUGAUGCGUCAAAAUUUGCACAACACGCCUUCAGAACCUUUGACAAAAACGGAGACGGGACCAUUGAUUUCCGAGAGUUCAUCUGCGCUCUGUCCAUCACAUCCCGUGGCAGCUUUGAGCAGAAACUCAACUGGGCCUUCAACAUGUAUGACCUGGAUGGUGAUGGCAAAAUCACCAGAGUGGAGAUGCUGGAGAUAAUCGAGGCUAUCUACAAAAUGGUGGGCACGGUGAUCAUGAUGAAAAUGAACGAGGACGGUUUGACACCAGAGCAGAGGGUGGACAAGAUCUUCAGUAAAAUGGAUAAAAACAAUGACGACCAGAUCUCGCUGGAGGAGUUCAAAGAGGCGGCAAAGAGCGACCCGUCCAUCGUGCUCCUGUUGCAGUGUGACAUGCAGAAGUGAGCCGUCGCUGCUCCCUCCUCUUCCUGUCUGUAUCCACACACUCUGGACAGCAGCACACGUUUUAAUGUCUCAUUAGGUUCUCUGCCAUUUCCACAGGAAAAAAAAUAACAAAAAACAAUGCUUGGACUAUUUUUCAAUGGACUCGCUUCUUGUGGUUGUAUGCAUGAGAAUGUCAAAUGCUGAAUAAUUUUGAACAUAGCUAUAAGAUAUCAUACAUUUCUAUUUGACAACAUGCCAAUGUGAUUUGUGCACAGUAACCCCUCUACAUUCUCAUUCAACCUUAGCUUGUAUAUCAGUGGAGCACUGCAUUAAAUUAUGUUUCUGCAGUAUUUAGGAUCCCCAGUGUUCACUGCUGCAACUACUGUACGCUUUACAUGAUAGUAACUAAAUAAUAAUUCCUAUGAUAAUUGUAACUGUCUCUACUGUACAGACUUGUUGAGCUCUUGGAGGGUAGAAAGGCUCCUGUCUGUUCCAGAUGUUUUCACACGUUGGAACCAAGAAGAGUAGGUUCUUUGCAUGCAUAUAUUAUGUGUCAAAAAAAAAUCUCUUACCUUUUUCAUCUUUAGGUGGUUAUAAAAAGAGAAACCGUCACACUAAAUUCAUUUAGUAUUGUUGCAUGGGAUGUACAGUAUGUGACUCAUUAGACCAUUAGUUCACCUCCUGUAAUGUGGGAGCAUGCUUCCUUCCAUUCGAUACACGUGUAUGUGUGACACUUUUCGAAAGGUUUUCGGGUUGCAGUUGAGGGCUAAUUUCCAAGGAAGAGCUUUCACGUGAACAUAUUAUAUUUUGCUUAAGUGACUUACAGAAUGAGCAGAAAUAUAUUUAUGGAACAUGCGUCCCUUAAUGUUAUUAUUGUACUGCUGCCGCUUAAUCUAGAGACGAGGCCAGACUUACAGCUGUCAUUAGGCGCAGGACACGCGCAUUAUUCCCCACGGCGAUCCCAGAUUGGCUUCUUUUUAGGCUUCUUCUUUGAUUUAUGGUUUACUCGAGUUAACGUUGAAGUAACUAAACUUUACUCAGUACAUAUCAACUUGUUUACAGAAAUGAAGAGCACUGCAAAAUUAAUAGUCUUGGCUUUUGACCUUAUUGCUGGGAGCUCACUCUUAAAGCUAGGGCCGUCGUGAGAGGGGCUCCACUUUCCAGUGCAGCAAAAGGAGGGGAAAAGCCUUAUAUAUAUGUUUACCGAACACACUGCAUUCCUUCGUAUAAAACUUUUUUGUAAGGAGAAACUUUUUAUCGAAAGGUCUCAUCUUCUAAUCUAUUCCGUUCGCUGCAGUCAUUAAAGAUGCAGGACCCUCGAGAGAGGUGCUUGAUAAAGCUUUUGAGAGAGCGUUUCAGAGCGAGACAGCAACGAGUUGGCGAAGGUUGAAACUAUUGCAGAAAUUCUCUUUCAGCGGUUUUGCUUCCCCAUUUCCAGGCUAUGCAAGCAAGGACUGAGUGUCUGCUUGUAGUCCACUUAUAGUAGUGGAAGGUGCAGAAGCUUGUCAUUGUUCUGUCUCAAACCAAGCAUUACAUUAUCAGUGUCUAUAUAAUUUAUAAAUUUCAGGCCAGUCACCAUGUCAGAUUCUUUGUCUAGUAAAUGUUUAUAUCAAAUAUGAAAAAGCAUAAUACAAGUGACUGUAUUCUUUUAUACAUGUGGCAUGUGUUGCACCCAAAAAUAAUUCUGUAGUGAUUAAAACAAAUAAACCAUAAACAGGCUUUUUUCAAAAGGCACGGGCUGCCAGGUGGACUUAAUGGGCACAAAAUAAAAUCAUCUCUGAACACAGUGCUCUGUAUGGAUGGAGAAAAGGAUGAAUGGAUGGACAGCCUUGUGUGCAUAAAUCAUAUGAUCCGCAUAAAACGUGCUCAGAAUUACAGUUUUAUUUGUAACAGUGAUUUUAAUUAUCCACAAAAAUGACAAUUAACAACUACCGCAAGAUAAUCAAUGAAGACUUUUGAUAAAGAGAACAGGAACAGUGACAACAACUAGCUAAAAAGAGCACUAAUAUUGUGGCAAUAUUUACAAACUGAGUAAAGACCUGGGUUGAUUGACUAAAAGACUCGAGGUAUCACAUUGGUGAGGUAAAUUUAAAUCGUAUCUUUACAAAAGGAUAAAAAGCCCUUCCCGCUGGGAGCAACACACCACCCACUUUGGGACUUAGUAGCUCAGUAUGGGUAUUACUAGGUGUAUAAUAGUACUGCAACACUUUCCAGUACUGCUUGUUUAUGGAGCACUCUUGUCAGCCCCGAAAAAACAAAAAAAUUACAUCACACUAUGAUCCCUAUUUUCCUUCAUGAUUCACAGUUCAAAAUAAUAAACACUAUAAUUCACCCACUGUCUGAAAAAAACAGUUUUGACUCCUCUCCCUUUAAGGCAACCAUCACAUUAAGCCAACUCUCUUCUGAUUGGCUGCCCCUCGUAAACAGAAAGCUUGUGAGCACUGACACUGACAUCAAAAUUCAAUUGAACAAAAAAAAGACAGAAGAAACUGUCAGAAACAGCACUUAGUCUGAAGUCAUGCUUUUGGCUCAUAGGGAUCAUAUAAGUGAUGUGCUGAUGUCAUUAUUUUUGGUCAUAUUUAAAAUGAGACUUAGAAAUUAUAAUAGUAAGGAGAACACAGACUACAUAAAUAAAUAAAACGCAGGAAUUUUUUACAGUAUUUUUGCAGGGUGGGAUUAAUAGUUGUAUCUAAGAAAGAAUUUGAAUGACACUUCACAUGAUGCUCUAACCAUUUCACAUUAAAUGCAUUAGCCGAGCUGGCUAAUGCGCUAACGGUUAGUCUCUAAAGCAUAUUUCUAUAAUUAAGAAUUUUUUCAUAUUAACGUAUUUCAAAUGCAAUGAGGGCUUCUAAAGAUAAAACCAUGGAUGUGCCAUGAGCUCAUCAGUUUCCCGCAUUGUAGCCAAUCCUUACAUGGAGGGAGGGGAGAGUACAGCUCUGGGUUCCUUCAAAUGGACAGCACCUAUCCACAGGUACAGAUAUGUGGCUGACACAUGGGUCGCAAUUAAAACCCAGGAAGUAGAGGCCUCCACCAAACACAUUUACUCAAGUGGAUUAAAACAAAUGUUCACCAGGGAGGACAACAGGCUCCCUGACUGUGUUGUUGGGUUGGAAGCCUCAACAUUGAAGUUUACUGGAAGCCCCCACACACACAGACCAGUACCUACUCUCUGACUCCCACCACCCUCUGAAACACAACAUUGAGGUGAUUAGGAGCCUACAACACCAGGCAGAAAAUAUUUCCUCUUAGGAAAAAGGGAAAGAAAAGGAACACACACUUAAAGAAAGCUCUUAAUAAAACGCACGUGGUUAUCCCAACUGGGCCUCCAUUAAAUCAGCGAAGAUCCACACGAAAGAAGGUCAGACACCAGCAGACCCAGCAAGACCCUCUGACAAAAUUGGUUCAUCCCAAGGACAGCACUCUAAAACACAAGCUAAACAGGAUAGAGUAUGCUCUGCAGUGACAAAUGCUUGGACCUCCACCAAGGAGAAACCAAACAGGCACUCCAUAAACUCAACACAACACAGAAGAACCACCUUAACAGGACAAGACUCAGCUAUACAUCUGCGCUGGAACACUCUCUUGAUGACUGUGUUCACAUUGUGGACCAAGAUAUACGAGUAAAAGAGGGCAUCUACGUCCCCUGUGAACGAUCAUCACUGAACAGAGGUGGUGGCUUACAACACCAGCUAUCAACCACCUGCAAUGCCGUCAUGAGAUCCCUUCCCGAGUGCUUCAAUCCCCACUCACACCUGGCCUCAGGUGAUCCCAAUAAGUCACAUGAUGCAGUGGGGUAAGGUUAUAAGGUGGUUUCACCAUUAACCCCAAUACGUUUGACCCAUAGGUUUUUUUUAAAUACACCUUUGCUCAUGUGAUGGUCAAUAGUGGGUUGAUGACACUCAGGACCACCUGGUAGGGGACAACCAACCACUAAGAGUAAAAUAUCUGGGACUCGUCUAUUUUUAGAACUGAAGAAGUCUCUUGGAUAAGAGGUGGGACACCCAGAAAAGACACAUGGCUGUCCAACUGAUCUGUCAUUUCACUGCCUUCAUCUCAGUCUCUGCAAACAAAGACAAACUUCCUAUUUCAAUCGUAUAAGCCUAAUGGUUUCUCCAUUGUGUUGGCUUUCAAGAAAACUCUAUCAUCAAAAUUUCUGUCAAAGGUCUUUCACUGGAUGGGAUCAAAACAUUUCCCUCAUAAAGAAUCCAAUUGGACAGACCGGGAGAGGCUCAUCUCUUUCAUGUAUUUUUAGUCUUCUUUGAUGUCUAAACAUUUGUGUACAAGCAUUAGACCUGAACGGUUUCUCCCCAGCGCUGCCUUUCUUGGAUUUUUCUUCUAUCUAAAACGCUGCGUUUCAACUACACUGUAAUCAUCUGUGAUGCUGUGUUUGCCCAUCACUCCAGUGGAUGCCACCUCUGAUGUGUGUUACUGCUUGCCACAUGAUGUAAUCAAGGGCAACCUGAAAGAAGAACAGAGACAGGAUGCAGCCCUGCCAGAUGCUGAUGACAAUUUUAAAGAAGAUGCCGUGGCCUGAUUCCAUCUUUACGUGGCAGCUUGAACACGGGCAUUAGCUCUUGAAAACUGGAAUAAAAGCUGCUGGAACACGUUAAUAGUGCAGAACACUUCUGGUAGAUCUGUGAAAUUUUUCACAUUAAUGACUAAAACUGAGAACAUGUAUGUAAAGUUCAAAAAUUAACAGAGGAAAUCAUCAUCAGUCACUCGGUGUUUCGUUACAACUUUAAAAUUACACUCAGACAUUGUAUCUAUUAUGGACAAAACAUUAACUUUGUACAGUGCAUGAUUUUUGGCACACAACCUCCUGUGUUGUUUUAAAAGCCUGCAUUCAUUUGCCAUAAAAUGAUAAAAACAUUACAUAAAAUAAAAAGUUGAGAACUCAAAAUCCAUUACAUGAUCCAAGAGGGAUGGAUCUGUGCCUUACGAGUGCUCAUCACAAGAAAAAUGACAUUUUAAAAAACAGCAGUCUCCAAAACACACAGUAAUACUGAUAUACAGCUGCAACUACGGCUUCAUUUAGUCCUCGUUAAAAAUGUGGCGUGAGCUUCAUCUACGUAACGAUAAUAGAGAAACACAAAACUAAUUAUAAAAGCAGCCUUUAGUGAACACACUGAGCAAUCGCUCAAAGCGCUCAAACUGUAGGCUAAAAAAGAAAAAAAAAA